GGCGUUUCAGGUCACUUGGUGUACACAAGAGCAAUGGGUAAAGACUACAGAUAUGGUAACUACCAUUAUGGUUACGCGCAAGCGCCCACUGCUCCUAGCAUGGAAAUAACAAUCAAUCAAGGCGGCGCAGAUUCGUCGAAGAAUACCUACCAGGCCCCUUCACCAGCUGGACAGUUUCGACCUCCUUUGUCGCCAAAUCAUCCGCCGCCACCUCCACCCUCAUAUGGAGGUUAUGAGCACCCAGCUUACAACCCUCUCUGGUUUGACCGAUUCCCGCGACGUGAGAACAGGGGCAUGUUCCGAUUAUGUCUAGUGGAACUGCUUCUGGCAGCCGUUAUCCUGGGAGGGGGUAUCUGGUGUCUCCUUGAAACCGCUGAAUACUGUCCAUACUACUCAGCGAUAUGGACUUCCGUAAUAUUUAUAGUUAACGCAUUGGUAGGAAUUGUAGCUGCUAAGGUUGGCACAAUCAACCUCUAUACGACUCAUUUGGUUUUAUCCUUGGUAUCAGUCAUGAUCUGUCUCGUCAGUGGAGGGUUAAGUGCCCGAAACUGGGCACUCGUCGGCACAUACCAUCAUCCGCGCAUCGAAAGAGAUGAAGCAUUUUGCCUUCUAGGAGAGCAUGAUGCAACCAGACUUCGGUACAUAUUCUCGCACUUGUACCAAUACGAUUUUUCCAAGUGUCUGUAUCAGUUGAAGGUGGGAGUAGCCGUCAAUUCGGUUCAAUUCGUCGUUGCUGGUAUCGAAAUAUUCCUCAACCUAAUCUCUGCCGCUCUUUGUGUGAAGCGAACUUGUUCAUGUUCGUAAAAAUCUGCCGAACUUCUAAUACUUAUGUAUUACCGUACAUGUCCAUGUGCCAGUUUGCUAUCAGUGAGCAGUAUCUCCUUACAUCUUUUCGAUUACGUAUGUUGUUGUUGUGCCAUAAUACCCUAGAGAGAUGUUUUGAAAAUGUACCAAUGAAUAACGAGUGAGCUUUUAUUACGGCUUUACAUCAUUUGAAAUUUUUAUAAAGUUGUAGUUGAUGGCUAAGUGUUGCACAUCUACCGCUGAACUUUCAAAC